AUGUUUUAUUACAAUAUAUUAUUUAUAAUAUUUGUGCUUAGUGUGAAAUCAGCGAGAAUAUUAAAAGAUACAAUUGGUUUUCCGGAAUCUGAAGAGAAUGUUAAUUUAGUAAAUAGAGAGAAUCGUCAUCCAAUUUAUUUGCCAUCAUUAUGCGGUGAAAACGAACUUUAUUAUCCCGGAGAUCAAAAGGACGACUGGAUAUGCGAUUGUAGGCCUGGCUACUUAUACUAUCCAGAAAAGAACUCCUGCUGGCCAGCAUUUAGACGUGGUCCAUGCUCCAGCGAUGAGCACUUAGUUUUACGUCUCAACUCCGUGAUACCAAUCUGUGUCACCAAUCCGUGCGUCGAUGGAUUUGUGAUGUGGAAGGGCAGAUGUGAGCGCCUCGGUUCCACAGGCCCCUGCCCAAAUGAAUUUCCUCCCGCUGUUCUAUGGAUCAAUGCUACAACAAUUACAGUUGAAUGUAUAGCUCUUAAUUUUGACAACAGAUACGAUACGUAUACGUCAAUAGAAAUGUGUCUCCCGGGUUGUAAGAGACACGUACAAAGUAUGUGUGUGCCGCGUAUUAUGUAA